AUGGAAGUGCAACAAGGCGAUUCUAAAGACAUAAAAGAGGAGGACAAUAGUGAUGAUGGCGAGGCUGAAGAUUUUAAUCACCGAUAUAAGGAAUCAAACAAGAACAAUAAGGUCGAACAAUUGGGAAAAUGGGCCAACCAUAGAGGUAAUGCAGAAGAAAUGAACAAAAACAUGCAUACAGAUAUAGAAGCAGAUGAUAGAAACACUGACGAAGACGAAGCUGUGGACGAAGAAGAAGAACAAGAUCAUGAUGACGACAACAAUGAAGAAGAAGACAAUGACGACGACAAUGAGGUAAAACAGGAUGACGAUGAAGAAGAUGACAAAGCUGCGAAAUACAUUCCAGAAGAUUUGAGAGUAAAGCAGCAACUUUCUCCUGUUGAAGAUGACGGGGAAGAAGAAGAACAUAAUGAAGAAGAUCUCGAUGGAAAUGAACUUGCUCACGUGAGAGUCAGUGCACAUUAG